GUUUCGCGCCGGUCGCGAGUGUCUACCGGUCCACCACCCAGUCAUUACAGCUUUCACGGUUCACACUGCGGUGUCUGAUACAUGAUCUGCCGUCGUCUACGCUAGAGGCUGCCAGACGCUUCAGCACUUUCUGAACUUCUCGGACAAGCAGCAACCGAGCGUGCUUCCAUCAUGUCCACGCCCGAGCAAACGGAGGAGAAGGGCGGCGGGUCUCCGACCCUCACUCACGCCGCCACAGUGUCAGAGAGCGACCUCGAGAAGUUCCCUCCUCACAAUGAGCGACACAACCAUCUGCUCCAGAUCCCGACCCAUCCAGACCGUUUUCCUGCCAACUCAUUCCUGUCUCCGAACCGAGACCACACCAGGGAGCAAGCCACCCGCCUCAAUGACGACCUCAUGCUCCUUCAAGCCGAGCGUGCUGUGAGCGAACAGGAGGGCAGCGAGUUGCGCCGUUCUGUGUCUAGAGUCCGCAGCGGUCAGCCAGAAGAGGACGUCUUCAAUCAACCCGCAGCGCCGACUGCCGUGGCCAUUCCAGUCGAAGCAGACAACCGUGCCCACAAGAUCGUGGAUGGAGUCAAAGGCCUUCCUCGAUUUGUUCGCUACUUCUUCUACUGCUUGCCAGUGGCGGGUAUCCUACUCGUCCCUGUGCUUCUUGGAUAUUUCCAGGACGACGACAAGCAAACUGUCAUCGGGGGUCCUGGCGGUGUUCCUCUGCUGUGGUUUGGCAUAUGGUUGGAGGUCGUGUGGCUCUCUCUCUGGGCUGCACGUAUCUUCACCUCGAUCCUCCCAUUUGUCCUGAAGGGCUUUGCUUUGGCAUUUGGGGCUGGAUCAUCGAAUCAGUGGAAGGACAUGGGUCGCCAGAUUGAGCUUCACUUCGCCCUCUUCUUGUGGAUGCUCGCAGUGUUGAUCUCCUUCUGGCCCACCUUCAACAACCACAAAGUGCCUGCCUCCGAAGAGGAGAGCCCCGGGAACCCCUUCCCGGAGGUCGAAUGGAUGAACACUGUGAACAAGGUCAUUAUUUCCAUCUUCGUUCUUUCAGUCAUGAACUUUGUGGAAAAGAUCAUCAUCCAGUGGAUUGCCAUGUCAUUCCACACACGCACGUAUAUGACUCGCAUUGAGGAGAACAAGCAGAGUAUUGCAUAUCUCGUUCACCUGUAUGAGCACUCCAAGGAUCGCCUCGUCUCGGAAGCUUCCGUCAUGCAUACGGAUGGCGCGACUGCUUCUGGAGCUUGGACGCCCAUGGCUGCGAUCCAAAACAAUGCCCGUGAGACUGCGGCCAUUGUAGGAGACGCUGCCAAACGCAUGGCAGGAGACUUUACUGGACGCAAGGUCAAGCUCAGCAACCACCCACGAAAGGUAGUUACCGAGUUGCUGCGGUCGACCCAAUCUGCUCAGGUCCUGGCACGACGACUAUUCCGUACCUACGCUCCUGACGAGGAGGCGCUCCUGCGGCCUCAUGACCUUCGACCGGCUUUCCCCUCCGAUGAGGAUGCGGAGGCGGCGUUCUCCAUCUUUGAUCGCGAUCUUAAUGGCGACGUCUCGAUGGAAGAGCUCGAGGCCUUUUGCGAUGAGGUGCAUCGCGAGAAGAAAGCGAUCGCCGCCUCUCUCAAGGACCUGGACAGCGUCGUCCGCAAGCUUGACCGCGUCUUCUUCGUCAUCAUCUUCAUCAUUGCGGUCAUCGUCUUGAUUUCGAUCGUCUCAGCUUCUGCUGCUGCUGCUCUUGCAUCCCUUGGCACGGCUGUGCUCGGUCUCGCCUGGGUGUUGCAAGCCACAGCGCAAGAGUUCCUGCAGUCCAUUAUCUUCGUCUUCGUCAAGCAUCCGUUUGAUGUUGGUGACCGCAUCACAGUCUACGGCAACACAGGUGCCUUGGGCAGAGGAGAUGAUUACUACAUCACCGAGAUCUCCCUUCUUUACACCGAGUUCAAGAAGAUGGAAGGACACAUUGUGCAGGCUCCCAACUCACUGCUCAACACGCUGUUUAUUCUCAACCACCGCCGCAGUGGAGCUCUUGCUGAUGUGUUUGAGCUGACUAUGAAGUACGGCACUCCGUCCAGCGUGAUUAAGGAGCUCGAGGCGCGCAUGACAGAGUUCGUUCUUGACAACAAGCGCGACUACACAAGCAAGAUUAUCACCGAGGUUCGGAACUUCGAGGAUGCCUUGAGGAUGAGAGUCAACUUUAUUUGCUUCCACAAGACAAGCUACCAGAACGAGCUUCUCCGCCUGACGCGACACAACAAAUUCGCGAUUGAGCUCAUGAACCAGAUGGUUGAUCUGGGUAUUGAACAACCUCGCCAGCAAAUACAGAUCUCUGGCCGAGACUACCCUGUUUACCAGUCCAACAUCCAACCUCCCACAUAUGAGGAGCAGCAGCAGAACAACACUGUUGACCCAUCCAUGCUUGCUGCUACCCGCCGUCGAGCCGGUAGCACCACUGCAUCCGAUACAGGUGACAUGUACCAGGACGUCUACGUUGCCCGCAGGCAGAGCACGGCCAGGUACCAGCACAUGCCUCCGCGGAUCACUGAGGAAAGUCCAACACCAAACGCGAGCGCUCUACACCUAGAUCGCAUGUCAAGCCGCGGCACACAGCAAAGCCACGGCAAUGCCAGCAACACCUCCAAUUUCUUCAGACGCAGAGACACAGUUCGCCAGAGUCACGAGCGUGAUCAGAACAGUAUGGUCUAGCCGAUGUCUCCGUCUGAAUGCAUGGAGCACACUCGGGCGAGCCUGAUAUCGGCUGGGCAAAACGCCACACAUUAUCCUCAC